AUGAAAUACAGCGUCGUUCAAUUCAUUCCUUCCUCCAACUCGAUCAAUGGCAAAGUAAUCAUGACUCAACAAACUGAAGCUGUCAGCAGUUGUGGAGGGUUAAUGCAAUUUGACAUUUCUUGUAACUUUCACACUUCACGAAAUUUAAAGCAACUUCGAUCGAAUUCAAAUGAUGAUACAACAACUCCAGCUGCUUUCUUUUAUUGGAAAGAAGCAUCUUCUUCACCGCAAGUAUCGAAAAAGAAAAAUGUUUCGGUUUGUAUGGAUUUACAGAAAUUGAACUCGAACACAAUUUCACAGAAAGAUAGUCGUGAUGCUUCCACAACCAAGCAGCCAAAAGUUUCGAAACCAAACAAGAUGAAGAAUAGAACAUCGACUUCACCUAAAACGUUAAGCUUUAUUGAUGUCUCUCCAACAAUGACAUCUGGCAUUCAGAAUCAAUCCAUGAUGACCUCUAGAAAGAGAAGAACACAAAGUUAUGAACAAGUAUUGAAUUUGAAUCAUGCACAACCCAUGACUUUACCAUUGACCACAUCUGUCAGCUGUUCGACACAACAAUCACCUCUUCACACGACAAGCAAUGAAAACAUGUGUCCUUCGAUCAUGGUCGAUCAUGGCUCUUACGUUCACCAACAGUCCUUGUGUGCAAACAGUCAAAAUACCAAUAACUCAUCUGUCAAUGAAAUCCCUUGGGAAGUGAAAAGCCCCUCUUCCUCAAGCUGUCAGUCGUCAGAUUGUGGCGACUCCAAAUCAAAAAUGCCAAACAAGGCCAUCAAACGAUCGUACAUAUUUUCCAUCAAAGAAUUAUUAAAUUAA